AUGAUACAACAACAAUUAUAUCAAGAACCAAUUUAUUCUAUUCAACAACAGCAACAAUCAUCAUUUAUUCAAAUAAAACAAUUCAAUGAAUUUAUAUGUAAAUCAAAUCAUUUUAAUGAAUGUUAUAAAAAUUAUUUAGAAAAAAAUUUAACUGUUGGUUUUGGACAAUUAAAUAAUGUUGAUCAUGAAAAACUUGAACUUUCUAAACCAUCACUUGUUAUUCUAUCACCAACAUUAGAAAUUGAUGAAUCACAAAUAAGAAAAUUAACAGAAAAAUUAAUAUCUAUAUUAGAAAAUAUGAAACAAUAUCGAAAACGAUAUGCUAUUAUUCAUGCUGAUGAUAAUUCAUAUAUUAUUGGUGGUUAUAUAUUUGAUCCAAUUAAUAAAUUACGUAAAUCACCUGAAAAUGAUUAUAAAUAUAAUUCUAAAAGUGAUAUUCUUAAAUCAAUUGUUUCAUUACCAAAUGUGGUUGUGAAUGGAAAAUAUAUUGUUGCAAUUGGUGGUCAUACUCCCUCAAAUAAACCAUUAUCACAAUGUUAUAUAAUGGAAAUAAAAAAAUUACCAGAAACAUGGACUUCUUUACCUGAUCUUCCAUUACCUACAUCUGGUCCAGGAGUUGGAAUAAUCGAUGGUGAAAUACAUGUUAUAGGUGGAUUUGAUAUAAUAUCUUAUGAAAGUAUAACACAUGGUGAUUAUUAUCGUUUACAAUGGCCAAUAGAUACUCAAUGGAAAAUAGAAACAUCUAUUGAACCUAUAAGAGCUCGUUCAUUAGUUAUUUCAGUUCCAAAUGAAAAUGUACCAUUUAAAAGAUUUAUUUAUGUAGCAGGUGGUUAUGAUGUUAACACCCAACGUCGUCUUAUUGUAAUACCAACUGUUCACAUGUAUGAAGAAGAGAAAAAGAAUUGGAAAUUAAUAACAACUAUACCUAAUUUACAAUUAAUGCAUGGUCUAUCAUUUUAUGAUGAUAAAUUACAUAUAUCUCAUUCAAUAUUAAAUAUAGAUAAUGAAUAUAAUACUCAAAUAAUUUGUUCAUAUGAUUUUAAAACAAAUCAAUGGAUUGAAUUAUCAAAUAAUUUAUAA